UGAUACACAACAAGUGGAGUAGUGGUGUUGCAAACAGAAGCUAAACUAGUACCUAGCAACGCAGGUGGACCAAUGGGGACAAUGGAAACUAGAGAGUCUGUUUGCAAGCGAGACCGUGGAGGAGAUGGGGGUGGACAAGAUGCUGUAGCAGUAAAAACUAAAGUAAGGGGAAUUACAGUUAGGGAAACUGCUGUACUGAAAACUGUAACAGUGGAAACCGCAACAGUAGAAACUGCAGCAGCGGACACUGGAGCAAUGGAGACUGCAGCAGUGGACACUGCAGCAGUGGAACCUGCAACAGUGGAUAUUGCAGCAGUGGAAACUGGAGCACUGGAAACUGCAGUAGUGGACACUGCAGCAGUGGGAACCGCAACAGUGGACACUGCAGUAGUGAAAACUGCAGGAGUGGAGACUCCAACAGUGGAAACUGCAGGAGUGGAAACUGCGGUAGCAGCAGAUGAGUAAGCAAGGGCAGGACGAGAGCAUCGUGGGAGUGAAGAAGAAAUUGGAUGAUACAAGGACCAUUGCAACAUGCGUCGGAACCACUGAGAGAGGCGCGUCACAUGUGCAGGAUAGCGACGUUGGCGGGAGCGCAUGUAGCAGGUCCACCCCUUAGCAAGGGUUGGUGGGGAAUGCCCACGAGAAAGCAUACGACGAGUAAGUGUUGCUGCCGCAGUUCGAAAGUCCUGCCAAUUGUUACAGAUUUGUUCAAAACUGGUCAAUUGCCCAGUGAACACACCAGCCGGUUGAUGGGAAGGAAUGUUGGAGGUCGCACUUGGAUAACGAAUGACAGGGAAAUCCCAAGCAGCCGCUUUAUCAAAGACGCUCAUGCGAAGCGAGCCAUCGGAACG